UUUUUGUCGGACUCACCCUCGCGAUCCCGUUUCUGAAGGGACAUCCUGACGUCAUCACGAAUAACCGCGCUAACGGGAGGAAGGAGGAAGCCAGCGGGAUGGAUUUCACAGACGAAACUAUGACACUGAUGGAGAUGCUUGAGAGGAACGCAGAGCGGGAUCACCGUCUUAGCCAGCAGAGAGAUCUGACUUCUGAAUUGAGGAUGUUGCUGGAUGUUGCUGAUGAUGACAUUGCAACACUGCGCUCAGAAAACACCUCCCUCAUCAAACAAGUUAAAGCCCUGGAGAAAAUCCUCAAGGAAGGGCUGAAGGUCCAGGCAGAGCCUUCCGAGGAUGUCCUGGCGAUUGACCUCGCCGUAAAGAGAUGCAGUGAAAAAAAGAUUCGGGAAUUGGAAAAUGAAACCUCCGUGAUGAAGAAACAAAACAAGAAGCUAAUUGAAGAGCUUAAGAGCCUCCAGAAAGAAAGAGACGAUAACAAGAUCAGCUUAAGCAACUUCAGGGCUGCACUUCAAACCCUUGAGCGCGAAAUGGAAGAGGCUCAGUUAGGGCUUCAGGAUAGGGACGAGGUUAUUAAUAAGAAAAACCUGCUGUUAAUGCACAUGGAGGAAACGGUCCAAGAGUUCUGCAGCACCGUAGAGUUACUCAGGCUGACAAAUCAGGAGCUGAAGGAGAAGUUGGAGGACAAACUUGUUGACGCCUCAAUCACCGCUGUGAAUGACCUGAUGGGAGAUGAGAAAGCCCUGCUUAGUCCGCCGCUGUCCUUCGCAGAGGAAGUGAAGCUGUUGGCCUCUUUGGAUGAAGUGAGAACCCACGUGUCAGACUCCACAGAUCAUGUGGAAACUGAGGCCGAAGGGCUGACGAAACCAGGAAGUGUCUCACUGGACGUCCAGACCAAAACGGAACGUCAGCUCACACCAAAAGACACCUUUCUGGUCCCUUACGUUCCCCUCGCUCACCGUCGUCCCUCUGGCUUCUCCGCUUUUCUCAGGGCUGCUGGUGUUCUGCUUGCUGCAGUCCCGAGAGCGGGACUUUUUCUGGCGUCUGGCGUCGCUCUCUCUCUUUUGGCAUUUGUGGUUUCAGGAAGCUGCACGGGAAACCUAUUUUCCAUCGACGCCUUGUGGAACACUGCAAGUUUGACUCUACAACCCUACUGCAGUGUGCAGUAUGGGGCCUUACCUCCUGUCUGAUAUAAACAUGUUACUUCCUGUUA